UGCAACUUGACGCGCGCGCGCUGCCCGCUGCUCAGAUUGGUGAAAGUGGUGGAGAAGCAGACAUUGUUGUGAUAACCGUUGAGCUCCGGAGGAUGGUGAGCAGAGAUAAAUCACCCAGAAAGGUCGUUUUACGGACCAGAACGGACCCCGGGUCGUUUUCAAGCCCAACGACGUGUCGCUACUAGGGGGAGGAAAACGCUGCUGCUCAGUAGCAGCUCCCGGAGAUCCGACUUCAUUCAGACGAAUCAAGCGGAACACAACCUGAUGAGACGAUGCCACCGACGUAAAACACAGAGACAAACUCCUGCAGACUGCUAGGAUAUUUCUCCGCGGGUCCACCUGGGCUUUUUAUUGUGUAUUAACUAGAGAAUCCCGCACAGGAAGAUUGUUUUAUUGGAAAUUAAGCUUCUGGCAGAGGAGGGGGAGGACGGGCUGCUGCUCCCGAAGGCCUCUGGAAAACAGGAGGACAGAAAUGAGAGCUUCACUUCCGAUCUCAUUAAGCUAUUAAACACGAAGGGUUUCUUUUCCAAAGGACUGAAAUCUGAGCGUUUUGAAGAAAACCUUCUAGAAAAAAAGUCACAUGUUCCUGCUGUGUGCGUCCUCCGAUGCUCGAAGUGAUUUCGUGACAUCGGGAACUUGGUGGCUGCUGGUGAAGAUGAGGAUGAUGUGAUAGUUCUUGUGUUGAAGCGCAGCCAGGUUUCCUGUUCAAUCUCAGGGACUCUAGACUGGUCUAAGAUGGGCAGCGAAGGGGAGACCAUCAACAGAGAGCUGUCAAAGGUGUCCGAUGAGGAUUUGCUGGCGUGCUCCAAAGAGGAGCUGGUGAACCGGUUGCGUAAGGAGGAGUCGGAUAAAAUAUCCGCUCUGAUCCAGCGCGGCCGGCUGAUUAAAGAGGUGAACAAACAGCUGCAGGGACAUCUCCUCGAAAUCAGGGAACUGAAAGUCAUCAACCAGCGCCUGCAGGAGGAGAACGUGGAGCUGCGGGACCUGUGCUGCUUCCUGGACGACGAUCGCCUCAAAGUGAAGAAGCUGGCCCGGGAGUGGCAGCUGUUCGGGCAUCACGCUGCCAAAGUGAUGCGGGAAGACUUGGGUGGGUAUCUGAAGAAGCUGGCCGACCUGGAGCGCAUGCAGGACGGGCUGGUGAAGGAGAAUCUGGACCUGAAGGAGCUGUGCCUGGUCCUGGAGGAGGAGUGCGUGAGCCGAAGUGACUCCAGCCCUGGUGGGUCCACUGAGCUCAAUCUACCCUGCAUGGUGGCCCGGGAUCUGGGAGAUGGGAGUUCCAGCACAGGCAGUGUGGGAAGUCCGGACCAACUGCACCUGGUGUGCUCACCUGAUGACUGACUUGGGGGUGCAUGCCAACAGUAAGAGCCUCUUCAAGCCUGUGGACUGUGAUGAAAAAUAGGAGAAACAUCCAUUAGGGCUCUCAGAAUGCUGCAACAUUUGUGUGCCACAACAGGAGCAAAUCCUCUACACAUUCAGGACUCUAAAAGACGUUUAGAUGUUUGCCAGAUGAUGAUGAAUCUAAAUUUUACAGUGUUUUUUUCUAAUGACUUUCUCCUUUUUCAGUCGUCUGUUGCUGGAAAAAACGGGACCAAUAAGUGGGUCAUGUGUUUAAAUCAAUCUCAUGCACUGGUCUAGCCGACACUGUUAGCAGCCUUUUUCUAUUGCACUGGAGAACAUUGUCUUGGAUCUCUUCAAUCAGAGAUCCAAAGAUCAAUAAUAAUCCAGUACUUGAGCCAUAUUUAGUCCACUGAACUUCAACAGUACUGUCGGGUUGUGAUGAAACGGAGAUAGACUUUUACUACAGUUGCCCAAUUUUUAAAAAAAAUUUAUGCACUCGCUUCCUCAGGACAGGAUUGGAGUGGCAUACGUGCAUGAUGAUUGUUAUUGUUACAGCCGCCGACCAGAGCUGGGUGAUCCUGGCUGCUUUUUCCCUCUUCAGGCUGGCAGCCGUGACAGUUAUGGUCUCUACCGCCUGUUGUUGAAGGCCUGUCAGUGUUACUGUCAGGGAGCUGAGCCAGCUUGCUGAUCAGAAGUUUUGGUUGAACCUCAGAAAAAAAUCUUGUCACUUUUAUCAAAAAAAAAGUAUAUAUAUAUAAAAAUAGCUGGAAACUCUUUGUAUCAAACUGGAAGGUCUAUCCAUUUGAUUGAUUUUUACUCUAUUCAAGCUGGUGACACCCACUGAUCUGACCUUUUUAUGAUGUUGAUGUUUGAUUAGCUGAUUUCAGAAUCUGUUCUCUCUUAAUGCUUUGUAUUUAUUCUGUAACACAUAGGGAUUAUCUUAACUUUGGCUCUUCUUUAUCUUGAUUUAUCUGUAUUAUCAACAGGAUUACUAACCACUUUCUGUUUAAAUCAUAGAUGAUGCUCAUGGAUUAGAACAGAUUUAUUUUGUGGUCAGCUGUUUAUUGGUGAGCCAUGCUCGUUGUGCACCGAGGAGCUUUAAAUACAGCGGUUCUGACACCA